AGGCAAGACGUGUAUUGCGUCAUUACGCUCAAUACCAAAACAACCUGCAGAGCUGUUUUCCUGUACAUGAUCUACACUGGAGCGUCUGGGCUUCGCCUGGGCAUCAGGCCGUACUGACACCCAGCGAAAUGAUAUAUGUUAUAAUGGGAGUGUCUGGCUGCGGAAAGUAGGUGUCCCUGUUUUAGUUCAUCGUUUGGGAAGCACACAGUAGCCUACUAGAUAUCGCAUUCACAUCCGCUCAACAGUGAGCCGCAUUCCGGAAUAUCCUAGACUGGCCUAUGUAUGGAUGUACUAUUUCCCUGCGGAACCGCGCAUCAUAGCAGUGAAAUCAGUCUGUUUAGGUUAUGUGUAUUAUCGGUUUAUGAGAAUCGUAACACUGUAGCUACUGUCCGAGCCGUAAUGCUUUUUCUCUCCCACACAGGACAACACUAGGGGCCUUCCUGUCACACAAGGUAGACAUUGAACGGUGCUCUCAAACUUUGACCUGGGAUUCAGCGCACUCCGCCCACUUGUGUCUCUGCUGACCAGGGUUCAAAUACUUUUUAGCUCGGGUGGCCGCUGCACGAGGGAGAUGACUUUCACCCGCGGGAAAAUGUUGAGAAAAUGGCUCGCGGGGAGCCUCUGACUGACCAGGACAGACUGCCUUGGCUGCUGAAACUGCAUGCUGUCAUUCAAAGUUGUGGGUCUGUCUUCAAUAGGGAGAGGUCUUCAGGGGGUGAUGCCAUCAUGGUGUGUUCAGCUCUGAGGCGACUUUACAGGCAGGUUCUGCUGUUUGGCUCCGAGGCCCUGACCUGCAGCUCGGACACAGCAGGCCUGCACAUGUGCAGCCUGCCCGGCGUCUGGUUCCUCUUCCUGUACGGUACAUAUGAUCUGAUCCAUGCAAGGAUGGUGGCCCGGAGGGGACAUUUCAUGCAGCCUGGUCUCCUGCGCUCUCAGUUUGAUGUUCUGGAGCCACCGGCGGAAGAGGAGAACACGUUGCUGCUUGAUAUUCGGAGGAGCACGGAUGACAUCUGCAGGGAGAUACAGGAGCAUCUCCGCCAACUUUCAUAACCAGAGAUCAUGAUCAUGGACUCUCAAAUCAAAGACAACAUACUGGACUGCACUGUGUGCUACAAAACAAUUACAUAUCAUGUCAGACUUUUAUAUUAUUUUAUUUUACAAAGGACAAUAAAUCAGUUUCUGAUUAUAUGACA